ACCGUGCGCAUAAGGUCUGCAUUUGCCAAAAGGGGAAGGAAGAAGACAAUAUAUGACAUCAUGGACAGGACGACUACGGUGGCGGAUGCGAUGGAUGAAGAUCAGGCCAAUCCCUGUCAGGAAACAUGUUCUCCCACGGGUUCCCUGAAGGCUCCGCCCCUGACUGCGGGAAUCACUGUGAAGUCAGAGGAUAUCGUAAAAAAAAAGCGCACGAGCCCACGCGGAGAUGUGGUCAUCAUGAUAUCCGACGAUGAAGAUGAGAAGAUGGAUGUGAUGGAGAAGAGUGGAGUGAAGAGUAAGGGCCAACGGGAAGGCAGAGUGGACAAGGAUGGUUUCCACGUCACGGAGACCUUGUUGAGCCUCAUGAGGACACGCUGUGAAGAUCAGGGGUUCAGCUCAGACCUUCCCCUGGAUGCCAUCUGGAGCCCGGCUGGGCUCCAAGACCUGGCUCAGGUGUGCUCGCACUCCCCGUACUGUCUUUACCUCUUUGAUCUGAAGAAGCUGAAGGUGGAACAAGGCAUCCUUCUCUUGGUAAGCUACCUGGACCAGAGCCGGGGGGUUCAGGUGGUCCGUGUGCUGGGGUCUCUGAAGGUGGCCCCUGUCCUGCCACUCCUCAUCUCGGAAGUUUUGGCGGCGAUGCUGAAGGAGACACUGGGGACGGGCGUGUCCAACCUGACUUUUGUCUACAGCAACUGUGAGGCGCUGGAGUCUUCGGUCAGGUGCCUCUUCCCCUAUGUGGUCUCUCUUUGCCGACUCCCUGACAUGCUGGGGAAAGCCUGCCUGAUGGCGCUGCUGGGCUCCUUCAAGAGAGCGGUGGACUUUGUGGGAGACGUCCAGGAGCACUACAUACUCUGGUCCUCUGCCAGCGACGUUCUCAAGGCGGUCUUUGCUCAGCCUCCUGUGCAUGUGUGCACUCCCAUCUCAGAGCACCUCAUGUUCCUUGUCCGCUCCAUCCAGAGGAUGGCGGCCAGCUGGGAGGAUCUGGCGCAGGAUUUUCAGUUCAAAGCCCAGAUGACGGACGCUGAACUCAAGCUGCGUUUCCUCUUCCUGUCCGAGGCGCUGGAGCCCCUCCGGGAUCUGGCCGAGCAAGGCGGCGUGGCAGACGUGGCCACGGAGCUGCAUCUGACCUCCGAGCUGCUUCGCUCCUUCUCUUUCGCCCUCCUCCGCCCGUCCGCCGCCACACGCUUCAUCGAAAGGCCCGACCGGACACUCCUGUGCGACGAGGCGGAGCGGCUUCCCGCGGCCGAGGUCACCUUCGGCUCCGGCACUCGCGACUGCCUACUGGCUGUGAACCUGGGAAAAGACAAGCGACUCAACUUCCUGAAGAAUGUGACGGACUUCUACAAGGAUGUACUGGACAGUUUCACCCAGAACAUCCCUCAGCGCUUUGGAGACACCAUGCUGAGGAACAUCCAAUCAGUACACCAACGUCCCAAAGACAUCGACUUGUCAGGUCACAUGAUGUCAGAUCUGGGGGUGGAGUUGGGUCUGUGUGAGACGGGUUCGGAUGAUGCGCGGCGGCUGGAGGAAGACGUUCCCGCUUUGACCAAGUCGCUGAAGAAGCAUGGCGGCAGAGGAGCUGCUCACUGCUGGACCAAUACGUUGGCCGCCAUGAGUCCAGGUUCUCUGCUACGUCACCUCCUGCUGACCCUGCUGACCCUGCCCAGCUCUCUGAAUUUGAAGCCGCUUUUGGUUCAGGUUUUCACCAGUGCCAGGUUUCUGUCUGAGUGCCGCAGCGCAGAGGAAGCAUCCAAGUUGACUUCACCUCCACCAGGCAGGAGUCCACAAACACGCCGCAGACCGCGAGUCCUGACCAGGCAUCCAGGCCAAAACAAAAAGAAGACGCGUGGAAAGAGUCUGUGGAACUUGAGCGAUACGGACGGGUCGGACACGGACAAUUCAUCUGAUGUGUUUGACGUCUCAGAAGACGUAGAAAAAACUUCCCCAACUUUGGCAGAGUUUGUGUACGUGUUGAACAGUGAGGACGACGAUGUCAAGACCCCCCACAUCUCUGACGUCAAGUCCACAAGCUGGACCAGACAAGCCAGCGAGUGGCGUAUCGAGGCAGGUGACCUGGUGUGGGGGGAGCUAGAGAGUUACGCUCCAUGGCCUGCAGUGGUCCUGUCCUGUCAGUCCAAACAGGACCUGGCCAACAAGAAGAUGGUGUUGUGGUACGGAUGCAGCAUGUUUUGUCAGGUGAGCGAGGACACGCUGAAGCCGUUUGCCGACUUCUCCAACCACUUCUGCUCCAGAUCCUUCAGCAUCCUCAACUCCUACAGGGACGCCAUCGAGGCGUGUCUGCAGGAGGCGGCUCGGCGCUGUAAAAAGACCUUUUCUUCAUCCUCAUGUGAGAAAGAUGAGCUGCUGAAGAAGAUGUUGGCCUGGGCUCUUGGAGGCUUUCAACCCUCCGGACCUGAUGGACUCAAACCUGCGUCCUCUGAGAACGGUGCGAAGGAAGGACCACACAUCCCAAAACACAGAAGACGAGGACGAAAAAAGCGAAGAGCCAGCGCGAGCGUGAAGAUGGACAUGGAGGUGGAGAUGACGGAAGCCUGCAUCUCCCUCAGCAAACUGUCACAUGACCCCGGAGACAAGCCCACCCCCAAACUGUCACACGACCCCAGAGACAAGUCCACCCCCAAACUGUCACACGACCCCAGAGACAAGUCCACCCCCAAGAGCGCAGCAAAGCGCAAGAAGGUCCUCCCCAAAGAGAGCCCCGGCUCCAAAAAGCGAGGUGGGGCGGGCACGCUGGAGGAGAAGCCAGGCUCUGGACCCAGUAAGAGGUCCUACACCCACUACAACAAGGUCAACCAGUCCAACAGCGCCAUCUACACUCAGCCAGACCAGAAGCUCAGAGAGGAAACCAUUAGGAGAAUCGUGGACGAAAAACUGGACAUCGAAGGUUUCUGUCUGUGCUGUGGCGAGGAGAAGGUGGACAUGGUCCAUCCUCUGUUCAAAGGAGGUCUCUGCUUGACGUGCAAGGACAACUUCACAGAGACCUUGUAUCGCUACGACGAGGACGGCUACCAGUCCUACUGCACCAUCUGCUGCUACGGCAUGGAGGUCAUCCUGUGUGGCAACGACGGCUGCUGCAGGUCCUACUGUGGAGACUGUCUCAACAUCCUGGUAGGGGGCGGCACCUUCGACUCGCUCAAGGACGUGGACCCCUGGAUCUGCUACCUGUGCCAGGACCACCAGGCCCACCGGGCCCUCAUUCCCAGGGAGGACUGGAGCAUUCAAGUUCAGCAGUACUUUGUCAACAACAGCGCCAUGGAGUUUGAGCCCCACCGGGUCUACCCCUCCAUCCCCGCCAACCAGCGCAGACCCAUCCGAGUUCUCUCGCUGUUUGACGGCAUCGCCACAGGCUACCUGGUGUUGAAGGACCUGGGCUUUAAAAUCCAGACUUACGUGGCCUCCGAGAUUUGUGAGGACUCCCUGGCGGUCACGCUGGUCAACCACGAGGGGAAGAUCAACCAAGUUGGAGACACCCGCAACAUCUCCAAGGAGCUGAUCCAGGAGUGGGGUCCCUUUGACCUGCUGAUUGGUGGAAGCCCCUGCAACGACCUCUCCAUCGUCAACCCCAUCCGGAAAGGAAUCUACGAGGGUUCCGGAAGGCUCUUCUUUGACUUCUACCGCGUCCUGCAGAUGCUGAAGCCCAAGGAAAAAGACUCCAGGCCGUUCUUCUGGCUGUUUGAGAACGUAGUCUUCAUGAACACUCACGACAAAGUCAACAUCUGCCGCUUCCUCGAGUGCAACCCAGUCCUGGUGGACGCCGUCAAAGUCAGCCCGGCCCACCGAGCUCGUUACUUCUGGGGGAACAUUCCAGGGAUGAGCAGACCCAUCACAGCCUCCCAAAGUGACAAGUUGAAUCUCCAGGACUGUUUGGAGAUCGGCAGAGAAGCCAGGGUCACCAAAGUGAGAACUAUCACAACAAACCCAAACUCUCUGAAGCAGGGCAAAAACGUCUCUCAACUUCCUGUCCUCUGUAACGGCAAAGAGGACAACUUGUGGAUCACCGAGCUUGAAAAGAUCUUCGGCUUCCCCAAGCAUUACACGGACGUGAGGAACAUGAACCGCCAGCAGAGGCAGAAGGUGCUGGGCAAGGCCUGGUGUGUGCCCGUCAUCCGCCACCUCUUUGCCCCGCUCAAGGACUACUUUGCCUGCGAGGAGCUCACCCACCCGUGCCACUCUCCUCCUCCCCCCCUGCAGCUCAGGUAGAACACCUUUAUCUUCCAUUUUCAAAUACGCUCCAAUGAGGCAGGAUGGCCCAUGAUGUGGGUUGUUGGGGUGAGCAAAUCAAGCGCUCCUUUUCUCUCAUCUGUCGUAAACAUCACACCAUUGUGUGGGACUUCUUCACUCUUUCACACCACCAGCAAACAUGUGUGGGACUUCUUCACUCUUUCACACCACCAGCAAACAUGUGUGGGACUUCUUCACUCUUUCACACCACCAGCAAACAUGUGUGGGACUUCUUCACUCUUUCACAGGAAGACAUUUUGUGUGCUAUUCACGCCAAACGUUCUGCCAAUAUACAAACCCCGUUUCCAUAUGAGUUGGGAAAUGGUGUUAGAUGUAAAUAUAAACGGACUACAAUG